AUGCACGUCGCCGCCUACCCAUCCAACCGCCGCGACUGCCCCAUCGUCGCCUGCGCGUCCCGCCACCGCGACUGCACCACCGUCACCCACGAUUUCCGCCACCGCGACUGCAGCCGUUGCCCGCGAUUCCCGCCGUCGCGACUGCACCGUCGCCGCCUGCGAUUCCCGCCGUCGCGACUGCGCGUCACCGCCUGCGCAUCCCGCCGCCACGACUGCGCGUCACCGCCUGCGCAUCCCGCCGCCGUGACUGCAUCGUCGUCACCCCACGGUUCCCGCCACCGCGACUGCAAUGUCGUCACCUGCGGUUUCUGCCGCCGCGACUGCGCAUCGCCGCCUGCCCGUUCCGCCGCCGCGACGGCCUCGUCUCCGCCUGCGGUUCCCACCGCCGCGACCGCGCCGUCGCCACCCGUGGUUCCCGCUGCCGCGAAUACACCGUUGCCGCCUGCCCAUCUUGCCACCGCGAUUGCGUCGUCCCUGCCCACGUGUCCCGCCGCCCUCGCUGCAGAUCGCUCGGGCAUCAAGUGGCACUCGUUUGUCGGCAGCAUUCGCCGUGUCCUCCAUGACGCCUUCGUCGGACCCUACUGCGUGCUUGACGUCCUCCUUCGCCGUCCGCACACUCUCCAGCCGACAGCACCCAAUCACCUUGGCGAACCUCCUCCUCUCCCUCCCCCUCCUGGCUCUCCUCCUCCCAAGCCUAACCUGGACAAGGCCGCUACCACUGAGCUUCAAGCUGCUGCCGACGCCACCUUCCUCCACAACCGCCGCGAAUACCUCAUCUGCAAAGCCGCCCAUGAGGUUGCUGUGCACAACUAUGAGUUCGCGACGUUGGACCGUGCCACUCGCCUAGCGCUGCUUGCGGAUUACAACACCUCCAUGGCGCUUCACAUCCCCAACAGCAUCGCAUGGGCUGCUGCCGACAACCGCGCCUGCACCAUCCUCCUCGGUGCACUCCCCGACGCCCUCAUGCAUCGCUUCCAAGCUCGUGAUAUGCAAGCCCACCUGAUUUGGGAUGAGCUCCAGUCCAUGUUCGAACGUCGCGACAUCAGCUCCGUCGGCGUUCUCUUCCAUAAGUAUUUAUCCAUUACCCUCACCACCUGCGACGGCGCAGUCGAUUACGUGGGACGCAUGCAUGAGGUUGCCGAUCGCCUUGCAGCUCGCCAGGCUGCCCUCCCCGAGCCCCGGCAGAUUCAUCGUCUGCUCUUCAACCUUACGCCGGAUUACGAGUCCCGUCUGUACGCCUUCACCGAGGCAAACUCCUUGGCUGGCCUUACCGAGGUGGUUCAGUGGAUCAUUGACACGGAGGUCAAGCUCCGCACCCCCAUUGUCAACCUCACCACCCCUCAUUCCUCCUCCUCCACCUCCCUCAAUGCCACGCAGCCACGCAACCAGGGUGGUCGCAACGGUGGCAGAGGGGGUCGUGGAGGGGGCGGGGGUGGUGGUGGUGGUCGGGGUGGUGGACGUGGUGGCCGUGGUGGUGGUGGUGGUGGUGGUGGUGGUGGUGGUGGUGGUGGUGGUGGUGGUGGUGGUGGUGGUGGUGGUGGUGGUGGUGGUGGUGGUGGUGGUGGUGGUGGUGGUGGUGGUGGUGGUGGUGGUACUGGUGGUACCACUCCUAGAGGUCUGGUGCCGGUGGAGCUGUGA